AUUCUAGGGCUAGCAGUGUGAGAGAGGGGUGCUAUGGUGCUAGAGGCGGCGGGCUGCAGUGCUUCCACGUCCCAGGAAUCGGGUGAGGAGCUGACGCUGGUGGUGAAAUGGGUUGGCAAGGAUUACACGGUGCGGGUUUGCGGCGAUGACACGGUGGGAGAGCUUAAGCGCCGGAUCUGCGAGGUCACCAAUGUUCUUCCCAAGCGCCAGAAGCUCCUCAAUGUGAAGAAGGGAUCCAAGCCCGCCGACGAUUCCAUGCUGCUCUCCGGCCUGGGCCUCAAGCCUGCGAUCAAGAUUUCCAUGAUCGGCACUGUGGAAGAUGAGAUAUUUGUAGAUACCGUGGAUGCUCCCGAGGUCUUGGACGAUUUUGAGCUGGGGGAGGAAGACACCACCGAUAUCAAAGACAAAGAUAUCAACAAGGCUAAGAUCCAGAGACGAGUUCAACAGUACAAGUUAAAGCUGUUGAAUCCUUGUCGCCCGGGAAAGAAACUUCUCGUUUUGGAUAUUGAUUACACGCUCUUUGAUCAUCGUUCCACCGCCGAGAAUCCCCUGGAGCUGAUGCGCCCGUAUCUUCACGAGUUUCUUACGGCUGCCUACGCUGCCUACGACAUCAUCAUAUGGUCCGCUACAAGGUUUGACUCCACCAACAAGAGACAAUCGAGAAAAAAGAGGAUCCUUUUCUUACUAAUGUCGUGUUUGCUUUGCAGCAUGAAAUGGGUGGAAGUUAAGAUGAAGGAGCUGGGAGUUCUCGGCAAUGCAAGCUAUAAGAUCACGGCCCUCCUGGACCAUCUUGCGAUGAUCACAGUCCAGUCCGAGAGCCGCGGAGUUUUCGAUUGCAAGCCACUGGGUUUAAUCUGGGGAAAGCUUCCAGAGUUUUAUGGACCAAACAACACGAUCAUGUUGGAUGAUCUCAAGAGGAACUUCGUGAUGAAUCCACAAAAUGGUCUCGUGAUCCGGCCUUUUAAAAAAGCUCACAUGAAUCGAGGCACGGACCAGGAGCUCGUGUACUUGGCAGAGUAUUUGCUCGCGAUCGGCGACUUGGACGACUUAAGUGGCCUGGAUCACAAGAACUGGGAGAAGUAUAGCGAGCAAAACAAGCGGCAAAGGCACCAGUGAUUACUUGGGAUAAUUUAAAAUCGGUGAAUAUUCCUGGCAUUGAGGGUCGAAUCGUUUCCCUCUCUGCCGCAUGUA